AUGGCCUACCAAAUUGCAAUCUUCUUUGUGCUUGAGGAUACAUGGCAUUACUUCUCACACCGAGCACUUCAUUGGGGUCCCCUUUACAAGGCUAUUCACAAGAUCCACCACCAAUAUUCGGCCCCCUUCGGAAUGGCAGCUGAAUAUGCUUCUCCGAUCGAAGUAAUGAUUCUCGGUUUCGGUACUGUUGGCUGCCCGAUCCUCUGGUGCGCAGUAACCGGUGAUCUGCACAUUUUCACCAUGUACGUUUGGAUUGUACUGCGGCUGUUCCAAGCUAUCGACGCACACAGCGGCUAUGAGUUCCCUUGGAGUCUCCAUCAUUUCCUGCCAUUCUGGGCGGGCGCUGACCACCAUGAUCUUCACCACGAGAAAUUUGUCGGUAACUAUUCUAGCAGUUUCAGAUGGUGGGAUUAUCUUCUGGAUACCGAGUACAGCCCAGAGGCCAUUAAACGACGGAGAGAGAACAAGGCUUCAGGAGACGCCAGGAAGGACCAGUAG